CCACCGCUUCUCUGGGCAGGGGCCCGGAGCCAGGGUGUCAGGCUGACCGCGCCCGCGCUCUUCUCAGGGACAUUAAGGGCUCCCCACGCGAUCAAAGGCACAGCCCCAGGGAGGUGUCAGCCUCUGCAAGGGCUCCCUCUUUGCGGGGUACAGGCUGCCCUGGGCUGCUUUGUUUACGGGCUGCCUGAAAGGACCAGCUUUCCCUAAGCAGCCCCCGCCGUCCUUUCUGAAGAUGGGAAACGCUUACGCUGGCCAGCUGAAGACCACGCGCUUCGAGGAAGUCCUGCACAACUCCAUCGAGGCCUCCCUGCGGUCCAGCAGCCUGGUGCCCAGGCCGGUCUUCUCCCAGUUGUAUCUAGAAGCAGAGCAGCAGCUGUCCACGCUAGAAGGUGGAGGCCGAGUGGACCAUGAGGACGAGGAAGAAGAAGGGGACGGGGCGCUGGAGCCCAGCUGUCCCCCGAACCCCUACCAGAUGCACCCCCCGCCCGAAGGCUGCUGCACCACAGACGGGUUCUGCCAGGCGGGGAAGGACCUGCGUCUUGUCUCCAUCUCCAGCGAGCCCAUCGACGUCCCUGCUGGCUUCCUCCUCGUGGGGGCCAAGUCCCCCAGCCUGCCGGACCACCUCCUGGUGUGCGCCGUGGACAAGAGGUUCCUGCCGGACGAUAACGGGCACAACGCUCUCCUGGGCUUCUCUGGGAACUGCGUUGGCUGUGGAAAGAAAGGCUUCUGCUACUUCACGGAAUUCUCUAAUCACAUAAAUCUCAAGUUGACCACUCAGCCCAAGAAGCAGAAACACUUGAAGUAUUACCUGGUCCGCAACGCACAGGGGACUCUCACCAAGGGACCUCUCAUUUGUUGGAGAGGCUCAGGCACGAUCGCCAGCAAAAGUCGGCCCCGUGAAAUCAAAGUGCUGCUUUGCAUUAGGGAGUUCAGAAGCCGGCAGACCUCCGCCAGCGCAUGUUGCAGCUCACUCUUCCCGCCGACUGAGAGCGCCGGGCCGCUGGCCACCUUCUCCGGCGAGCCGGUGCCUGGAGCCACCCCGAGCGUCCCCCUGGGAGCACAGCAGGCAGGACCAGCCUCGGGACCAGCCUCUGAGCACCCCUCACUCACGGCAGCCGUGGGGCCUGCUGUUUUCAAUGGCAAAGAUUCCCCGAAGCACCAGCAGCUGGUGAAGAACGACCCGUCGGUCCUGCCACGGCCCUCGGCGUUAGGUAUUUUAUCAAACUCUGGGCCCCCUAAAAAACGCCACAAAGGAUGGUCCCCAGAAUCUCCGUCAGCUACAGAUGGUGGCUACGCCCAGAGUGGUGGGAGCAGAGCUAAGUAUGAGGGCGCAGGCAUGUCCUGCACGCCCCAGGUCGGCUCGGUGGGACCGCCUUCUGUCACCUUUCCCGUUGUGGCCUCCGGAGAACCAGUGUCCGUUCCUGACAACUUGCUCAAAAUAUGCAAGGCCAAGCCGGUGAUAUUUAAAGGCCACGGGAACUUCCCGUACCUCUGUGGGAACCUGAAUGACGUCGUCGUGAGCCCCCUCCUCUCCACCUGCUAUCAGAACUCUCAGUCCAUCUCCCGAGCGUACGAGCACUACGGGGCCUCCGCCAUACAGCCCAUCUCCGAGGAGAUGCAGCUCCUGCUGACCGUCUACUACCUCGUCCAGCUGGCAGCCGACCAGGUGCCCUUGAUGGAGGACCUGGAGCAGAUCUUCCUGCGCUCGUGGCGCGAAUCGCACCUGACCGAGAUCCGGCAGUACCAGCAGGCGCCGCCGCAGCCCUGCCCGCCCGCGCCCGGCGCCCUGGCGCCCGUCACCUCGGCCCAGCUGCCGUGGCUCGCCGGCCUGGCCGCCAGCUCCUGCAACGACAGCGUGCACAUCAUCGAGUGCACCUACUCCCUGGCCGAGGGCCUCUCCGAGAUGUUCCGGCUGCUCGUCGAGGGCAAGCUCGCCAAGACCAACUACGUGGUGAUCGUCCGCGCCUGCCACAGCCCGGCCAUCGACUCCUGCGUCGCCGUCACCGGAAAAUACCAAGCCCGAAUUCUUUCCGAGAGCCUUCUCACCCCAGCGGAGUACCAGAAGGAAGUCAGCUACGAGCUGGUCACCGGGAAAGUGGACUUGUUGGGGGCGUUUUUCAGCACCCUCUGUCCAGAGGGGGACAUUGACAUUUUGCUGGACAAAUUUCAUCAGGAAAAUCAAGGCCAUAUUUCGUCGUCGCUUACUGCCUCCGCUGUCAGCAAAGCAGCCUCCCUGGACGCACCGGCAUGCAUGAGUUACGGUCUGGAGCCCCACCACAUCCGGCCCUUCCAGCUGGCCGUGGCUCAGAAGCUCCUCUCCCACGUGUGUUCAAUUGCGGAUUCCAGUACCCAGAAUUUGGACUUGGGAUCCUUCGAGAAGGUGGACUUUCUGAUUUGCAUUCCACCCUCAGAAGUGACCUAUCAGCAGACUCUGUUCCAUGUCUGGCAUUCAGGGGUUUUGCUGGAGCUCGGCUUGGAAAAGGAGCACAUGACCAAGCAGAGGGUUGAACAGUACGUGUUGAAGCUUGAUGCCGAAGCCCAGACCAGAUUUAAGUCCUUUCUGCAAAACUCCUUUCAGAACCCGCACACGCUUUUUGUCCUGAUCCACGACCACGCCCACUGGGACCUCGUGAGCAGCGCUGUUCAUAAUCUCUAUUCCCAAAGUGACCCGGCUGUGGGAUUGGUGGACAGGCUGCUGAACUGCAGAGAGGUGAAGGAGGCCCCCAACAUCGUGACGCUGCACGUGACUUCCUUCCCUUAUGCGCUGCAGACACAACACACCCUCAUCAGCCCCUACAAUGAGAUCUACUGGCCGGCUUCCUACAGCAGCGGGGUGGACUUGUAUCCUGAGAACAAGAAGUACUUCGGGCUGUCAGAGUUCAUCGAGUCCACCCUUUCGGGACACAGCCUCCCUUUGCUCAGAUACGACAGCUCCUUUGAGGCCAUGGUUACAGCGUUAGGAAAAAGGUUCCCCCGCCUGCACAGCGCGGUGAUCCGGACCUUUGUCCUGGUGCAGCACUACGCGGCCGCCAUGAUGGCUGUGAGCGGCCUCUCGCAGAUGAAGAACUACACGUCGGUGGAGACGCUGGAGAUCACCCAGAACCUCAUCAACUCCCCCAAACAGUGCCCCUGCGGCCACGGGCUCAUGGUCCUGCUGCGGGUGCCCUGCUCACCGCUGGCGGCCGUGGCCUACGAGCGGCUGGCCCACGUGCGGGCACGCCUGGCCCUGGAUGAGCACUUUGAGAUCAUCCUGGGCAACCCCAGCUCGGGAAUCACCGUUGGGAAGCACUUCGUGAAGCAACUCAAGCUGUGGCAGAAGAUCGAAGAUGCCGAGUGGCGACCCCAGACCUACCUGGAGUUGGAGGGCCUGCCUUGCAUCCUGAUCUUCAGUGGGAUGGACCCUCACGGGGAGUCCUUGCCAAGGUCUCUGAGGUACUGUGACCUGCGUCUGAUAAACUCCGCCUGCUUGGUGAGAACAGCGUUGGAGCAGGAGCUCGGCCUGGCUGCUUACUUUGUGAGCCGCGAGGCUCCCUUGGAGAAGGCGGCCCGGAGCGAGCCCUUGGAGAGUGAUGCCGAGAAGCUGAGCAGCACAGACAACGAGGAUGAGGAGCCGGGGACGGAAGGCCCCGCCGCGGAGGAGAGGAGCCCGGUGAAGCGGGAGAGGUCCAGCUCCCACGACUCGGCGGCUUCCUCCCUCUCCUCCAAAGCCUCCGGCUCGGCACCGUGCGGCGAGUCCUCGGCUCAGCCCGGGCCCCCCUCGCAGGGGGAGCAGCCCCAGUCACCGCAGCCCUGCGGCUCGUCAGACGAGGGCAGGGCCGCCAGGGAGAGACAGAGGCCCCACGCCAGCCGGGGGCCGCCGCCAACGGUCGUCAGCAGGCACAGCCCCGGGCGGGCCGCCCAGCCCGACUCCGGCCCGAGGCCCAGCCAGCGGGGCGCCCAGGGGUUGGUCCCCCCGGCGUCCCCCCAGCUGCCAUCCUCGUCCGCGGCACCCGCCGCCGGUGAGCUCGCCCUGCAGGCCCCCCAGUGCUCCCUGACCAAGGCCUGCCGCCAGCCGCCCAUCGUCUUCCUGCCCAAGCUGGCGUACGACAUGGUCACGGCCACCGACAGCAGCGGCCUGCCCAAGGCCGCCUCGCUGCUGCCCUCCCGCUCGGUCAUGUGGGCCAGCGCCUUCCGCCCGCAGCUCAGCAAGACGAUGACGUCCACGGAGCAGUCCCUGUACUACCGGCAGUGGACGGUGCCCCGGCCCAGCCACAUGGACUACGGCAACCGCGCCGAGGGCCGCGUGGACAGCUUCCACCCGCGGAGGCUGCUGCUCAGCGGGCCCCCUCAGGUUGGGAAGACGGGUGCCUACCUGCAGUUCCUCAGCAUUUUGUCCAGAAUGCUCAUCCGGCUGACGGAAGUGGAUGUUUACGAUGAAGAAGAGAUCAAUAUCAACCUCAGAGAGGAAUCCGACUGGCAUUACCUGCAGCUCGGUGACCCCUGGCCAGACCUGGAGCUGUUUAAGAAGUUGCCUUUUGACUACAUUGUUCAUGACCCGAAAUAUGAAGACGCCAGUCUGAUAUGUUCCCACCUUCAGAGCAUGAAGAGCGAAGACAGGGGGACGUCCCGGAAGCCGGAGGAGCUCUACGUGCGGCGUCAGACAGCGCGGAUGAGGCUGUCCAAGUACGCGGCCUACAACACGUACCACCACUGCGAGCAAUGCCACCAGUACAUGGGCUUCCACCCCCGCUACCAGCUCUAUGAGUCCACCCUGCACGCCUUUGCCUUCUCUUACUCCAUGCUAGGAGAGGAGGUCCAGCUGCACUUCAUCAUCCCCAAGUCCAAGGAGCACCACUUCGUCUUCAGCCAACCCGGAGGCCAGCUGGAGAGCAUGCGGCUGCCUCUCGUCACAGACAAGAGCCACGAACAUAUAAAAAGUCCAACAUUCACGCCAACAACUGGCCGUCACGAACACGGACUCUUUAACCUGUACCAUGCCAUGGAUGGUGCCAGCCAUUUGCAUGUGCUGGUCGUCAAGGAGUAUGAAAUGGCCAUUUAUAAGAAAUACUGGCCCAACCACAUCAUGCUGGUGCUCCCGAGUAUCUUCAACAGCGCUGGAGUCGGCGCCGCUCACUUCCUGAUCAAGGAGCUGUCUUACCACAACCUGGAGCUGGAGAGGAUCCGGCAGGAGGAGCUCGGGAUCAAGCCACAGGACAUCUGGCCCUUCAUCGUGAUCUCGGACGACUCCUGCGUGAUGUGGAACGUGGUGGAUGUGGACUGUGGUGGGGAGAGAAGCAGGGAGUUUUCCUGGGCGGAAAGAAAUGUGUCUUUGAAGCACAUCAUGCAGCACAUCGAGGCGUCGCCCAACAUCACCCACUAUGCCCUCAUUGGCAUGCGGAAGUGGUCCAGCAGGGCUGGGAGCGCCCAGGUGCGCGAGCCUUUCUCCCGCUGCCAUGUGCACGACUUCAUCAUUCUGAACGUGGACCUGACCCAGAACGUGCAGUACAACCAGAACCGGUUCAUGUGUGACGACGUGGACUUCAACCUGCGGGUGCAUAGCGCAGGUCUCCUGCUCUGCCGGUUCAACCGCUUUAGUGUGAUGAAGAAGCAGAUUGCCGUGGGCGGGCACAGGUCCUGCCACAUCACGUCCAAGGUGUCAGACAACCCCGCUGCCAUCGUGCCAGCCCAGUACAUCUGCGCCCCGGACAGCAAGCACACGUUCCUCGCGGCGCCCGCGCAACUCCUGCUCGAGAAGUUCCUCCAGCAUCACAGCCACCGAUUCUUCCCGCUCUCCCUGCGGAACCGCGGCCACCCCGUGCUCUCCGUUGACUGCUACCUUAACCUGGGAUCUCAGAUUUCUGUGUGUUAUGUGAGCUCCCGGCCCCACUCCCUAAACAUCAGCUGCUCUGACUUCAUGUUUAGCGGACUCCUGCUAUACCUCUGUGAUUCUUUUGUGGGAGCUAGCUUUUUGAAAAAGUUCCAAUUCCUGAAAGGUGCCACGCUGUGCGUGAUCUGCCAGGACCGGAACUCCCUGCGCCAGACGGUGGUCCGCCUCGAGCUGGAAGAUGAGUGGCAGUUCCGGCUGCGGGAUGAGUUCCAGACGGCCAACGCCAAGGAAGACCGGCCGCUCUUUUUUCUGACCGGGCGGCACAUCUGAAGGAGACACGGGCAGACUUUCUGCAGGAGCAGAGCCUUCGGAACCCCGUGCCCUUGAGGCUAAAGGGACCCUGAGAUCCACGGGGUGCUCGAGCCGAAAUGGCCCCGGGACCGUGGUGCGGCCCCCUCGUGCUAUGUGCCAGGAGCCCGGGGCUGCAUGUGCGUGGAGUCUUCAAGCAGCGAGGCUGAGUGGGUGGCAAGCAGGGGCGCAAAGCCACGCCCCCUGGGCUCUGGGCUGUGCCACACAGCCCCGGGCUCCAUCGAAGUCCAUUUUAUGAAGAACAAACCUUUGCCUACUGUUCUGUCAUCCGCGUGCCUCCAUGGACAAACGUGACUUUUCUGUUAGUUCUAAAGGAUCACCCUUGGAUUUUCCUGUAGAGGUGCCUGUAACUUCUUGUUGGGCGAUGGAUAGGAUGCUGACUUUAUGUGGGUUUCCCUGUCACUUACUACAAAGCAAUAUUCCAGAAGAACAUUUUUAACUGUAAAGGCUAGAGACAGGAAAAAACCAAGGUCAUUUUAUAAGAAUAAUGUAAUUGCCUACAAGUCUGCUCUUUCAGAAGCUAGCCCAAAGGCAUCCACUCUGAGAAAGUAAAGCAGAUAGUUUCACUUCGCAGCAAGUACGAUUCUAGGAAAAUUAAAUAGUAUAGGGUCAAUGCCCUACCUCUUAGAAAGGGCAAAAGUGAAAAGAAACUUUCUUUAAAGCCAAAAGGGUUUCAGGAAGGAGAUUAGGGUUGCAGAGGACAACCUGAAGAGACAGACUUUGCCUUACAAAGGAAAGAGGACCAAAUUGCUUGCUUUGAAACAAUGAAAACCACCAAAGGGACAUGAAAUAGUUGCUAAGAAUUAGACUUUUGACUAUAAUUUAUUGAAGCUCAGUUUUCGGCUCCUUAAGUAGCUUGUUUUCUCGUACAAGCACUUGGCCCCGAUCAGAGUGGAUGAGGACACAGCAGAGAAGACAGCCGGAAUGUUCCAUGAUGCUCCCCCUUCCAUUUACCUGCAUGUUCGAGCGCCACCCGUGGGCCAGGCAUCCGACUAGGUGCUUUCGCAGUUCUGAUCUUGCUUAGUCCUUCCAACAGCCUGGGUGGGUGCUGUCAUCUUCCACUUGGAGGACGAGAAGGUUCAGAUGCAGGGAAGCUUCAUCUCACCAAGGUCACCGAGGCCACCUCACAGGAUGGAAGCAGAAGGAUGGACAAGUCGACUCCUGGAUCCUGGGCCAGGGUCUGCCUUGCCCCAGGCCACGGUGCUUCUGGAGCGGCCCCUAACUAAAGGAAGGGUUUGAAGAUCUUCAGAAACGCACCACAUCCAUCCAUCUUCCUACACACCCACCGGAGACCCUUCUGAGCAUUCUCAUGGGUAACAGUCCAAGAAGAAAUUAUGUUAGAAGAUGAUACCUAAGAAUUUAAUCUUUUUUUUCCCUCCCUAAUUGAAGCAGCCCGUGAGUAUAAAAGAUUAGUUCAAGAUUUAUGAAACGACCCCUUUGUAUAUGCCAUUAUUCCUAUCUCGGAAUAAAAACGUACCUUCUUCAGUUGUGUUUGUCUUUUGUAAAUAGUAGCUUGUGUGCCAGGCUUCCCAUUUUGUUAGUUAAUUUAAACUUGGAAGAAACUAAACGAAGAUUCUUGUUUGUUUGAGACUUAUAAAUAAAACCUGUGAUGCACU